CGUCACUGCUCUUUCGACUUGAUUUAUUCUCUGCUUUGUUUUAUCUUCGAGACAACCUGCUAUUGACUCCUGUACCUCUGUCAAACCUCGGAAUAUUAACACCAACAUAGAGCGUGGGCAGUUGAGCUGCAAAUAAACUCAUCACUGCUUGUGGACACCUCAAAGUUUUACCGUUUUGCAUCAUGUGGCGCCUUCGAGAUGUCCUAAUCGUGGGGCUCGCCGUGUCGGGAGCUGCAGCCAGCAACUGGUUCCCCGGCUCCAAGACGGGCGACGCAGUCUACAACAAGUGGCACGAGACGGAGCUUGAGCGAUGGCUCUCUGACCAGAACAUUCCCUAUCCAUCUCCGGCUGACCGCAAGGACCUGGAGGAUCUCGUUUCGAAGCACUGGAACGACUAUGUUGUGGAGCCGUACAAUAGCUGGGAUGUUUCUCAGCUCAGCGCAUAUUUGCAAUCUCGCGGAAAUGACGUGGUGAAAGAGGCCCAGAAGAACAAGGACAGCUUGCUUUCUCAGGUGAAGUCGAACUGGUAUGAGACUGAAGACUCCACCAACCAAGCAUGGGCCAGUGCCAAGGAUUGGAUUCUUGAUACGUGGACCGAUUCUCAGCUCAAGACCUUUUGCGAUAAGAAUGGAAUUCCAGUGCCUCAGCCGCGUACUCGUGACACUUUGCUUCAACAGGCUCGCCAGGUUUAUGAAACUCUUGCAGAAAAGGCCGGAGAAACCGCUUCCUAUCCUGGUGAUUGGUUGUAUUCUACUUGGUCCACGUCUGACUUGAAGGAAUGGCUGGAUACACACGGCUUCCCUGCUCCACAGCCAUCUGGUCGGGACAAGUUGGUUGCUUCCGUUCGCCGCAACUCUCGCCUUGCCUACCUGAAGGCUCAGAGCGAGGCUGAUAGUGCUGCUGCCAAGAUUCAGGCCGCCUAUACUUACCUCACCGACACCAUCAUUGAGGCCUGGAGUGAGUCCCAGCUCAAGGAGUUUUGCGACAAGAACGGAAUCCCAGUCCCGCAGGGCACCAAGGUCAACGAGCUUCGAGCCCUCGUUCGAAAGCACCGCGCUGAUAUCUUGGGCGAUACCAUUGGUGCUAGUGCCAAGGCGGCCUUUGGCGCUGCCACAUCCAACGCUCAGAAUCAGUAUGCCAGGGCGACCGAUAGCGCUUCGCUUGCCGCUCAGGAUGCUUUCAACCAAGUUGUUAACAAGUGGUCAGAUAGCCGGCUCAAGGCCUAUCUGGAUGCUCGCGGUAUCCCUGUUCCCCAGGCCAGCAAGUCUGACGAGCUCCGAGCUCUUGUUCGAAAGCAUGCACACAAAGCCUCCGCUGGCUGGCAGGCGUGGAACUUUGAUGAUUACAGCUACGAGAAUUUGAAGAAUUAUCUGGCCAAGAACGGUAACGCUGCCGCAAAGGCCGCAGCCAAGAAGAAGGAUGUCACUCGUGAAGAACUUGUCAGCGCUGCCCAAUCUGCCUAUUCAUCUGCUUCAUCCGCCGGUGGCUCUCAAUACGCCUCUGCCACUAGCUACCUUGCCUCUGUGACGGCUGCUGCUAAGCACAACGCGUUCGACACGUGGUCGGAGAGCGAGCUGAAAGCCUAUCUCGACAGCUAUGGAGUCCCAGUUCCCCAAGGAUCCAAGAUUGACGAGCUCAGGGCAGAAGCUCGCAAGCAAUCCACCUACUUUAGAUAUGGAUCUUCUUCUCCUGGAGGAACUGUCUUUGCUAAGCUCGGAGAAACAGCCAGGGACAGCUGGAAUUGGAUCGCUGAACAGCUGCAUCUUGGUAGCGAGGCUGCUAGACAGGAGGCUGCUGAGGCUGAGGCUGCAGCAAAGAAGAAGGGUGAGAAGCUGCGAAAGGAGUUGUAAAGGUGCUCGGGAAUGCACAUUUGCAUUGAUGGUCGGGGAGGAAAGGAGAGGUGCGAUGACGCUGGAGGACGUGGUCGUCGUGUGUACGAUGUAGAGAGAUAGCAUGGAAUUUGCUCGUUUCUUUU